GUGGCUCUUCGUCCAGUCACACCGGAGAGAGAGGGCUGCCAGUUGUUCCUCUUACAUCACUGACACACAGCUGGAGAAGCAGCACGGCAACAACAUGAGAAUUACACUAAUUCCCCUCUUGUUUCUCCUGGCUGCUGCCUGUGUCCCUGCCCUCUGUGGCAAAGAGGAGCAGCCUGUCCUCCAGCCCGAGGCCCCAGUUGAAACCCGUUCCCGCUUUGCUGCUCUGGAUGAUGUGCGCCUCCUGGCCAAUGGCCUCCUCCAGCUGGGUCAGAGUCUGCGGGAGUUUGUGCAGAAGACGAAGGGACAGAUAAAUGACAUCUUCCAGAAGCUCAACAUUUUUGACCGCUCAUUUUACCAACUGUCAGUGCUCGCCAGUGAAAUUAAAGAGGAAGAAGAGGAACUGAAAAAGACCACUGUGGUACUGAAGGCCAACAACGAAGAGAUCAAGGGCCUGUCUGCUGAGAUCAACUCCAAAGUGGACAGCAUCCUGCAGGAGAAGGGCCGCCUGCAGAACAAGGUGGAAGGCCUGGAGGAGAAGCUGAGCAGUCUGUCACACGGCCUGGUGAUAAGCGAACAGGUGGCAGAGGUCAAUGGCCUUAGGGAGGUGAUCAACACCCAGGAGCAGAGCAUCACAGAGCUCCUGAAGGCUGUGAGGGAGCAGAGUGACCAGCUCAACCACCAGAGGGUUAAGAUCAAGAUUCUGGAGGAAAAGCUCACAGCCAACACAUUGACCCAAGAGACCAUUGAAAGGAUGCCUGAAAUCUUCAACAGUGAAGCACCAACACUCACACCUUAUCUAACCUCAAGCUCCAUCAGCACCACCGAAAAAAUGAAUCUGCCAUCAGACUGUAGUGAGCUAUUCAACAGAGGGGAACAAGUCAGCGGUGUCUAUGCCAUCAGACCCAACGGAACGGAGCCCUUCAUGGCCUUUUGUGACAUGAGAAAAGACCAUGGAGCAACAGUCAUCCAGCGAAGGAGGGAUGGUUCAGUGAAUUUUGAUCAAAUCUGGGAGAAGUAUGAAAAUGGGUUUGGAGAUUUUCAAGGGGAGUUUUGGCUGGGUCUCAGAAAAAUCCACUCUCUAGCCGCUCAGGGCAACUCUGUCCUUCACAUACAGCUGGAAGACUGGAGACAGGUCAGACACUUCAUCAAAUACAGAUUUUACCUUAAUGGUCCAGACAGCAAUUACACCAUUCACCUCACACAUCUGUCUGGAGAUUUGCCGGACCCCAUGAUCAACCACACAGGCAUGAUGUUCUCCACUAAGGACAGGGAUAAUGACAACCACCCAGACUCCAACUGUGCCCACAACUACACAGGUGGAUGGUGGUUCAACGCCUGCGGAGAUGCCAACCUGAAUGGGAGAUAUUUCCACAUGAGACCUAAGGGGCGUUCAGAGCGUAGAAGAGGGAUUCAAUGGAGGCCAGGCCAUAAGGCUUCGUACUCCCUUAAACUCACCCAGAUCUCUGUCCAGCCUGUGGCUUCCCCCAGCACCACCUCCUCCACCUCUUCAGCUUCCUCUGAGACAGGUGUCUUACAGUGAUCCAGUACCAACAUUCUUGAGGAAAAAUACUGCAUUAAACAGUAGCCUAUUCAGGAGAGCCUUGGCAAUGCUUCAUGUGGGCAGGCAUGGUUUAAGAAGGCUUGGGCAGAGAAGAAGAUGUUUCUUCCAAGUGUCAAAUGCUGUUGUGUCCUAAACAAAGAAAGCCAAAAGAAUGUAUUACUGUCUGUGCCAGUAUACUCUCUAAUGUAAUAGAACACUUUUAAAUGCAGUUAGAAGUAAGUAUAAACUCUAUGUACGUUCACUGUGUCUCAGAGGUCAGAGGUUAUGGAGAAAAAAUUAAAACAUACAGCCAUAUAUGAGCAGUUUUUAUGUUGGGUCACAUUGACUCUCAGUAAACAGCAGAUCACCACAGAUAUCUAAGGGCUACCUGAGUAGACAUUGCUUGAUUUUGAGGGUUCAAAAGGCAAUAAAAGUUGGGAACCACUGCUGCAGAUAACACUCAUCUUUACUUUAUACUUUAUUUUUGAUACAUUUGCUGUGUUUUAUCAAAUUAAAUAAAUGAAAGUUUGAUGGUGACUUUAUAUAAUGCUAGUGUUCAUUAAGGUGUGGAUAUCUGUAACUGAAAAUAUCAACACCCUGUUUUUUUCCUGAUUAAACCCUAACCGACCAAGACUAA